GAGGGUCGGGAGGUGAACGGAGAGGACGUCCGUGCACCCCAGAUAGCCCACUUUCCGUUUCGGAGCCCUCGGAGGACGUUUGGACCGCUGUCGCUGACGGCUGCUGCCACCGUGGUCCGCAUGUGACCGAGCGGGCAGGGGAGGGGCCGGCGGUCUCGUGUACAGUACCGUGGAACACCGAGUUCUCAGCGACGGAGCUCGGCAGCAGCAGCGACGGACACAGCGAAGGAACAAGUCACCGAGACGUAGCCGUGAAACUCGACCCGGAUGCAAGCUCGUAUCGGCCAGCUUUGAAAACUCGUCGUCGGAGCAGCACCAGGGAGAAAUUUUUCAUUUGCUCAUGUAGUUUCGUGAGCCGAGGACAUUGUCAGUGCAGCACGACGAAGAUGAGCACCAAGAGGAAGGCAGAGACCCACUCAAGGGCGGUGAACAGGCCACGCAUCAUGAAGUCUGGAGACUCCCGCGUCGAUUCAGAGAGAGACUCCGGAUUCUCAGAUGCGAGCUCGGAGCACUUCAGCACGAUGGACACCACAGACUCUGAGGAUUCACCCCAACAUGUUCAGGGGCCGCAGACGUCUGGCUCGGGGCCCCAGCCUUCUCAGCUGGCUGUGGUGGGAGGCUCCUACUCCAGCCUCUCCCCCAUGAUCAUCAUGAACAACGUUCUUCUCAAACAGCCUUCAGAUAAUCCUCCUGCUCUGAAGCCGUGGGGGUUCAGUCCCGCAGUGGAGGUGGUUCAGCAGCCUCAGGUGGUCUUUCUCCAGCCGAUGGUUUCUCGUCAAGCUUCCCCUGCCUCCAAAGAGGCCACCUCAAGACACAGACGCCCCAAGAAGUAUCUUCCAAUCCUGAAGUCCUACCCCAAGAUCGCACCGCAUCCCGGGGACAGCUCUAGCUCCUCAGGGAGAGGAACUGCUUCUUCAUCUUCCUCCUCCUCUUCAUCAUCCUCCUCUUCUACUUAUUCUUUCUCUUCAUCUUCGUCAUCAGGGUCAGAGAAAUGUAGCACUUUGACCUCCAGCCAUCGGGAACACUGUCAGAAAGAGAAGCAGCAGAGAAGUGCAGGUGGCGGUGCUGGUAACUCUGGUUCGACCACCCCCAGUCUUCCUGCUCCCCCCAGCAGCGUGUCUCCUCUGCUGCAGAGCCGACUGUCCAUCCCCACAACAGAAGCCAGCAGCAGUCCAGCCAGGGAGAGGCCUCCGUCAGCUCUGAGCCAGGAGGAUUUCAUGACCUCCCUCUCGUUCUCUUCAAUAACGGGCUUCAAGAACCCUGGUGGUCUUCGGACCCAAGAGAACAUCUCCGCAGGAGAUUUUAACCUCAAUGACAAUGAAGCCGAUACAAAGAGGAAGCGCUUCUGCAACACCUACAACAUCCUGAGCAAGUCUGGCCUGCUGGACAUCACGCUGCGCACCAAGGAGCUCCUCCGACAGAACCGACGCACCCAGACCGACCUGGACCGGCUGAAGGAGCACACGGACCUCUUCCUUCAGGCCCUGCGGAGCGGCGACUCCAGCAUCUGUGUGAAACUGCAGGCCAGUCUUCAGGAGGAGGACCGGGAGAAAGAGAAGGAGAGAGCUGUUCAGACCGGCUCGAAAGCAGAUUAGACCCAGACUAGUGCUAGACAGUAAUCCUUUAGUCUGAGAUGGAAACGAAGGCCGGGGUUGGGGGGGGGAUGUCGCGUGCUGAAACAGAUGGACCACGAGUAAUGUGCUCCACAACACACCCAACCCCCCGACACUUGGACAGACAGAGUGCUGUGGCCUACAUUUUGGCUGCCUCCAGGCCCUGACACACCAAGCCAACCUAAAAAAAAAAUAAUCGAGUGCAGACUUUUUGUUGCUGCGCGUCUUCUGGUAAAAGUUACACCCGAGCUCAUAGUAAGAGCGCAGGUGGCGGCCGGUUGACCACCAACAUGCACAUAUGUUCCACGCCUGCAAGAAGAGACCUGUUAAGUCAGCAGUCUGUUUGUAAUCCAGAUAAAACAAAGGAAAGACAAGCAAAGAAAGCUGCACUAGUAUCACAGUGCACUAGAUUUGCAAGUGUUUCCAGAAUAUAUGUUGAAGUUCUGCAUUAGACAAACUUCAUGGAGACGGCAAAGUUUGGAAAUUUGCAUUAAAAAAAACUAAAGUUUUUACACUUCAGGUGCUUUUAGACUUUUGAGGAGGGAAAUAAAAUAAUGCACUUUUUUCAAGCACCUUUUUUGAAUAACUGUUGACAUGGCACAUAUUAAACUGCACUUUUAGAGUCUGCAGAUUUACAAGAGUUCCUGAAUACUUCCCUUCAUUUUUAUGGUCUCGAUGGCCAAAGUUCUGUGCAUCUAUUCAACUCACGUUUUUUUUAUUAAGAGUUGGCAAACAACUGGUUUUAUGUCCAUCUACUUUUACUCUGUUCAUUAUUACUGUGUGGCGUACAUCCAACUUCACGUGACACUGCACAGCCCAAUUUAUUCGCUCUAAAGCAGCAACAAAACGAAGCCUGCUUUUCUUAAUUAAGUUUUUUUUUUGCGACAUUUCAAACUUUCAAUACAGAUCUCCAGUUAUAGGGAAACAGGGCUAUUGUUAACUCAGCAUACCACUUCAAACAGACUUCUGAGUACAUUCAGGGUUUUUUCUUGCUGACUAUACCCAACAAUAUGUAUGAUUGAUUUAGACAAAAAUGUCUAUUAUGCUCCAGUAUAUGGAAUCCAAAUUUAAAACAGGACUUAUUUCUCUCAUUUUCUUGUGGAUCUGCCAAAAAAAAAAAAAUCCUCCAUGUGGGAAAACCCCUGACUUUGCUUUGAUGCACUCUGAUGCCAGCGCUGUUUGCUUCUGGAAAAACAAAAGCCGAGGCCAAAAGAACAACAGCGUUUUGUUUUAUAUAUACAGUUGUGUUUGCUGGGUCGGUCAGAGAGCUUCGCAGCUUAUUCAGAGAGUUCAGUAGUCACCCGAUGAGCUGUGCUGUUGGCUUGGUGCGUCAGGGACCAAAUAAGGCCAGAACCACAGCUUUCUGUUCGACCACACUGAGCCGGACUGGAUCUCUUCCACUGAAGCUGCCCCUGUGCUGCACUUGAGUCGAUUGCUCAAGACCCGCAAGCUCGGAGACGUUUGGAUCUAAAGUGUGAACAAAUUUUCUCUUUUUGCUAAAAUGCACAAUGCAGGCGCAGCAUCUCAAAGCAUAAUUUUAACCCCCGAGACUGGAUGUUUAAACUGUGCAGCACGUGAGAGGAAGCGUUUUCAUCCAAGAUGGGAUAAAGUUGAGUGAUUCUGACAGCAGAAUGUCUCAUUACGUUAGACUGAAGCAGGCGAACAUUUCUGUUGUUUCUACAGGUGUUUGUUUUUCUUUUCCAAGAAGCUCCACUGAUUUGUUGCUUAACAGUAAAAAUAGAAUCCAAUUGACUUCACGCAGCAGUUCCAGAUGUGUAAAAUCUAUAAUUACGACAGAAUUAAGGAGAUAUUGAAUGUGCUCAUAGCUGGUCAGCAUCUAAACAGACAAACGUGCCUAAAGCGUCUUUCACACCUGCUGCAUUUUAAAACUCGAGUUGAAAGAUUUGGUCUCAACUUGAGCGUUCCCAUCAUGUUGAUGGCAGAUGUUCCUGAGCAAACUGGCUGGAAGUGAAGCUCAUAAUAGCCAUUUAGAUGCUUCCCUAACAACAUCCCAUUGUAAAGGGUGUUUCCUGUAGUUAAACCAUAUUUAUCAGUAA